CUUGGACAGUAUCGCUCCGACUUCAGUGAGCGCCGGUCGUGUGAGUCGCUUCCGUAAAUAAUACCCCGCAAUGUGUGAGCUCAAAUGUCUCCCGGGUGUGAUAUGAAGCAAGGACCUUCGUUUAGGUCAUUAAGUACGUGUCAGUUAUGUUAAGAAUUCAACAAUAAUAAAAUAUUAGUUUAUUUUUUUUAAAAUUAAACCAUGGAAAUUGUAAAUUGUGUUUACAAGAAAAGUGUGAUGUGAUCGAGGCUUGAUCACGUUUUCGAAUUUCGAAUUUCAUAUAAUAAUCGGUGGAUAUGCCUAAUCCGGUCGGCGGCGGGUUCCAGUGGGACAAACUCUCGCCGGCCGAGUUUCAACAGCUCCAAGAAUUAGCGUCAUAUUCCACGAGGAAGCUCCAAGAUGUGCUCAACGAGUUUUGUGAGGUCAAGAAACAGAGUCCGGACGGGGAUAUUGACUAUGAGGGGUUCCGGUGGUUUCUGGACACGUUCCUCGAGGUCUCCACGCCUGAUGAACUCUCUAGACAUUUGUUCCUGUCGUUUGUUCGGCGAGAUCGCAGACCAGCGCUGCGGGAGAUGGCGGCUGCUAGUUCCACUACCGCCUGCGCAGCGGUCACAGCCCAUGCUGACCAUCAGGUGAAACCAACGCUGGCUUCGAAGAUCCACGGUCUGGCUGAGAGACUUCAGCAGCUGGGAAAGAGCUCCGCUGAUUCGGUAGACGGUAGCGACAAGGGAUCAAGAAGCAGAACCGGUAGCGUCCACCCCAUGUUCACGGUGACCACGCAUCCUUCGUACUCCUCCCACGAGCUCUGCUUGGACAGACGCAACGAGACCAGUCCCAGUCACAGUCAAAUGUCGAGAAACUCCAGCAGAAAGAGCAGCAACUCAAUGAGGGUGAACCAGUCUACUAAAAUCGAAGACUUUAGACACCUAAUGAGACGCUCGUCGACAGUAGAAGUACACACAGCCAGAGUCUCUCUCAAGGAUAUCGUCUGCUACCUCUCACUCCUAGAAGCAGGCAGACCUGAAGACAAGCUGGAGUUCAUGUUUAGACUCUACGACACCGAUGGUAACGGCGUACUGGACACUAACGAGAUGGACUGCAUCGUGAACCAGAUGAUGGCUGUCGCUGAAUAUCUAGGCUGGGAGACUUCUGAAUUGAGGCCUAUUUUACAAGAUAUGAUGGUUGAGAUAGACUAUGACGCCGAUGGGACGGUUUCUCUGGACGAAUGGAAACGAGGCGGCAUGACCACAAUACCUCUGCUGGUUCUCUUGGGCUUGGAUACUAACGUGAAAGAAGACGGCGAGCACGCGUGGAGAUUAAAGCACUUCAGUAGACCAGCGUAUUGCAAUCUGUGCUUGAACAUGCUCGUGGGGCUCGGGAAAAAGGGCUUGUGUUGCAUUUUUUGCAAAUUUACGGUACACGAGCGUUGCGUCCAGCGAGCACCGGCCUCUUGCAUAGCCACUUAUUCCAAGUCCAAGCGUGCUUCUGCCACACUUGCUCAUCAUUGGAUCGAAGGAAAUUGCCACGGAAAAUGCGCUAGAUGUCGGAAAAAGAUCAAAGGCUACAACGGUAUCACCGGCUUGCACUGUCGCUGGUGUCACAUUACACUCCACAACCGUUGCGUGGGCGCGGCGGGCGGGGCGUGCACAUUGGGUCGCCACGCGCCGCACAUCCUGCCGCCCACCGCCAUCCGUCCUCUCGUGCUCGACCGCCAACGCUCUCUGCCGCACCGACCGCAGCCUGACCAGCAAACACUGCCCACUUCAAUAUCGCUGCCGAUCUCGAUAGCCGCUGUUCCCGAAGAACGGAAGGACCAAAAGAAAGAGCCCAGAGCACCUCCCAUAUCAUUCCAAGUAACUCCUCCUGAGGGGAGCUGCCCUUUACUAGUGUUCAUAAACCCUAAGAGCGGAGGGCGACAAGGGUCCAGGGUUCUAAGGAAACUCCAAUAUAUCUUGAACCCGAGACAGGUUCAUGAUAUCACCAAAGGAGGACCUACACAAGGUCUGCAGAUGUUCAAAGACGUGAAGAACUAUCGUGUCAUAUGCUGCGGUGGAGACGGUACAGUUGGCUGGGUUCUGGAGACCAUGGAUAAGGUGCAAAUGGAAACUCAGCCGGCGGUCGGGGUGAUACCUCUAGGAACCGGAAAUGAUCUGGCGCGGUGUCUGCGGUGGGGAGGAGGUUAUGAAGGUGAAUCGAUUCACAAAAUACUGGACAAGAUCGCCAGAGCGAGCACUGUGAUGAUGGACAGGUGGCAGAUUAUGGUGGAAAACUUGGCCAUGGAGUGUGAUCAGCCUCAAAUGCCAGACUCGGCGCCUCAUCCCACAACAGUGCCGUACAACAUCAUCAAUAAUUAUUUCUCCAUCGGCGUUGACGCCGCCAUCUGCGUGAAGUUCCACACGGAGAGAGAAAGGAAUCCGGACAAGUUCAGUUCUAGAAUGAAGAACAAGCUGUGGUACUUUGAGUUCGCGACGUCGGAACAGUUCGCAGCCAGCUGCAAGAACUUACACGAGAACAUCGAUAUUGUGUGCGACGGGUCGUCUCUUGAGCUGAAGAAGGGUCCGUCGCUGCAGGGCGUGGCGCUCCUCAACAUCCCGUACGCGCACGGCGGCUCCAACCUGUGGGGCACCAGCGCGGCGCAGCGGCGGGGGCGCUUCCCGCAAGCGCAGCAAGACAUCGGCGACAGAAUGAUCGAAGUGAUCGGACUUGAGAAUUGUCUACACAUGGGUCAGGUGCGGACAGGCCUUCGAGCCUCCGGGCGAAGGUUGGCCCAGUGCAGCUCAAUAACGAUCACCACGAAGAGAAUGUUCCCGAUGCAGAUUGACGGCGAGCCCUGGAUGCAGCCUCCGUGCACGAUCACAAUCACUCAUAAAAAUCAAGUUCCGAUGCUCAUGGGACCAGAGCCAGAGAAAGGAAGAGGAUUCUUCAAAAUAUUCACUCACUGUUAACUUUAUUGUCUUACUAAUCGAUUUAUUGUUCGAUUAUAAAAUAUAUUUAUUGAUUUUGUGAAUUGUUUAUACAAUUGUUGUUGAGUUAUGGUGUAAAUGCAUUUCAUUGUUACAUUGUUUAAAAUAAUGGUUUAUUCUACGAAUAAAUUUAUUUAUAAUACGAAUAAACAAAUUUAUUUAUUCGUAGGGUUUAUUUAUGUUUAGAAUUUUGAUCAUGUUAUUGGAAUUUGCUUAGUAGCAAAGCGACUGUAUAUAUUUAUAUUUAUUUAUUAUUCAUGUCAAAUGUAAUAUUUCUAUUUUAAUAUAUUUAUUUCAAUCGUAUAGUACAAUUAUAUUUUAAUAGGAAAUGAAAACGUCGCUUAUAGUAUAGUUGCAAUGUUUUUUUUUUAUUGCUUAGAUGGGUUGACGAGCUCACAGCCCACCUGGUGUUAAGUGGUUACUGGAACGCAUAUACAUCUACAACGUAAAUGCCGCCACCCACCUUGAGAUAUGAGUUCUCUAGAUCGGCGAUGGUUAUUGCUGCGUGCUCAAGGUUGGCUCUAGUAGCCAUGAUUUCAGGGUUAUGGAGGCACUCCAUAUAUCACUGCCAGUAUAUACCGUCUUGCUGUCUUCCUUAUAGGAAGAAAGAAAAACUUUUUUUGCUUAGAUGGGUGGACGAGCUCACAGCCGACCUAGUCUUAAGUUGUUACUGGAGCCCAUAGACAUCUACAACGUAAAAUUCGCCACCCACCUUGAGAUAUAAGUUCUAAAGUCUCAAGUACAGUUACAACGGCUGCCCCACCCUUCAAACUUCAGACUGUUGGUAGGAACCAGCAGUGCUCGAUCAUGGGCGGCAUGGAACCCACGGUAGAGACUUCCACCAACCGCUUCCUUAACCAGAUCUGACCAUCUGGCUGAUAUACGCUUACGAGCUUGCAAUACCUUGUACCAGCAAAAUUAAGGGCCUAGGUCUAGAAGAAUUAGUCUGCGAGAAGGUGGUGGUAUGUUAGUGUAUAUAUAGCGAUCCGGGAUGUUCUACAGAGGUGGUCAUAAUCAGAAUUAUUAUGUGAAGAUAUUCCGAUAAUUCAAGAGAAGACUUUAGUUUGAAGUAGAGUUAGAGUGAAGUUUUUACUGGUGGUAGGACUUCCUAUGAGUCCGCGCUGAUGGGUGCCACCACCCUGCCUAUUUCUGCCGUGAAGCAGUAAUGCGUUUCGGUUUGAAGGGUGGGGCAGCCGUUGUAACUAUACGUGAGACCUUAGAACUUAUAUCUCAAGGUGGGCGGCGCAUUUGCGUUGUAGAUGUCUAUGGGCUCCAGUAACCACUUAACACCAGGUGGGCUGUGAGCUCGUCCACCCAUCUUAGCAAAAAAGUAUCUGAAUUCGGAACGUUUAAAUAAUUAUAUUAAUUAAAAAAAAACAAUGGAAAUCGACCACCACACAGAUCCGGGUAAAAGAUAAUUUUUAACUUAUAUUACAAAUAAUUCAGUAUUGAUACAUAUUUACAGUUCAGCUGUAAUAUUGUUUUAACCACGCCAUUAUAACUUAAUUAUAAUAAUGUUAGUUAAGUAAAUAAUUUAACAACUAUAAUAUAAUAUAUAUUAUUGUGCGCUUAAGGCAAACAUAGUUCAAUAAAUGUACUUACAAAUUUGUUAGUUUAGAUUAUAUUUUAUAAUUUUGACGACUGUAAUUAUUUAUUAUUGUUAUAAUUAUAAAUUAAAAUUAAAUCCAUUGCAGUCCCUUAUUUUAUUGUUGCGUAAUAUUAAAUCAGUGUACAUUAUUUAUAAUGUAAAAUAUUGUUGUUGUAUUUGAUUCGCACUACGGCAUUUAGAUGCGGCGUUUUUUUUUUAAAUCCUUCUUCUUUUUCUCCACCUUAUCCCACUAGGUGGGGUCGGCACAGCUAAUUUUUCUCUUCCAUUCUCUUCUAUCAGCCGUCAUCUCAACACUCACUCCUCUCUCUCUCUCAUAUCGUCAUUCACACACUCCAUCCAUGUCUUCUUUGGUCGACCUCUUCCCCCUCUACCUUGCACUACCAUUUCCAUACAUCUCCUAGUCACAUGCAUCUUCUCUCUACGCAUCACAUGUCCAUACCACGCUAACCGUCCGCUCUUUAAUUUGUUGUUAACCGGGGCCACUUUCACACUUCCCCUGAUAUACUCAUUCUUUAUCUUAUUCAUUCUUGUCACUCCACACAUCCAUCUGAACAUUCGCAUCUCUGCCGCAUGCACUCCUCUUUCAUGCUUAACUUUUUAACUUUUGUUUUAUUUUUAAAUCCUAUCAUUAUUUUUACCAAAGCUUUAACUUAUUAUAUUUAGAGUAUAUAAAAUACAAAACGAUUUCUCAAAGACAAAGACGUGUAGUAAAUUUCAAAGAAUCGAUUUCUAAAUAUUAGAGUUUUUUUUUGCCUUUUUUUAUUGCAUAAAUGGGUGGAUGAGCUCACAGCCCACCUGGUGUUAAGUGGUUACUGGAGCCCAUAGACAUCUACAACGUAAAUGCGCGACCCACCUUGAGAUAUAAGUUCUAAGGUCUCAGUAUAGUUACAACGGCUGCCCCGCCCUUCAAACCGAAACGCAUUACUGCUUCACGGCUGAAAUAGGCAGGGUGGUGGUACCUACCCGUGCGGACUCACAAGAGGUCCUACCACCAGUAAAUAAUAUCUGCUGUUAGCCUGGAGAGACUGUUCUGGCUUUACACUGACUGGUGGGAUAGCUCUCGGGGCUCAGCCUGAAAGAGUUAGCUAAGAUCUGCCCUUAGUUGAAUCGCGACCCGCUGAGAAGAUCCGGCGACAUACUUAUUAGUUUUUGUGUAUGGGUUAAGUCGCACGUCAUAUGCGAACAGUUCGACAAGGACAGUGUGUGGUACUAGUGUGCCUAAAAACGCCGAGAGUGGAUCGAGAGGAUCCGAAAGGACAUGUCUAAGGUAAUUGAGCUCUGAAACUUGAGUAGGUAGGUAGGUAGUUUAGCGGUAGACAGCGACUUGGCUCUGCCCCUGGCAUUGCUGAAGUCCAUGGGCGACGGUAACCACUCAUCAUCAGGCUGGUCAUAUGCUCGUCUGCCUACAAGGGCAAUAAAAAAAGAGAAGGCUUCCAUGAUAUUAUACAAUAGCGAUUCCGUUACGAAUUUUCACGAUUGAUUCAGUCUAGUACAAAAACGCCGCGUUUAAUACGCCGCGUGCGUGACGCCGUGUGAAUUUAGCAUUGUUGUGGUGAAAACAAAAAUCUGUGCCAGCUUUAAUAGUUUAAGAAUAUAUUAUUAAUUAUUAUUAUUAUAUUAUUAUUAUUGUAAAAAAUAAAUGUGCAAACUGA